AUUCCGCACACUGACGCGCGUUAAAACCAUGGCGUAUCUACGUUUCUUUGAUCAUGCCCGACGAUCAUGUGGCGGUCAGCCAUUCGUCACUUCUCAACCUAGUCAUCGAUGAUGGGGAUCUUUAUCAGGCUUGCCCGCUCAAGUAAAUCCGCGAGAAUAUUAUCCUAGGACAAACCUCGCCUAAAAAAUCUCAAAAUAAUGAAUAUCAUCCAUUUUCAACCCACGGACAUAUCGCCAUGCCUGCCUCCGCUUCUGAAUUAGUUGCGACCAUUAGGGGUUGGACCCAGUGCGUCAACGAGAAGAGAUGGGACGACCUGCCUAAAUAUGUGCAUUCGACAUACAACCAGAAUGGCAUAGAAUACACGCCCGAGUCGUGGGCGACGCAUCUUAGGGAGCACGUGGCUCCUCAGCUAGGAGGAGAUAUCAUCAUCAACGAAGACAGCAUUAUUGUAGACGAGAAUGCUCAAUGUGCCUCGUUCUCAAUAUGGGUCAAAUUCAAACCGGAGGUACCUCUCCUAGGCUACCUACCCAAGGGUCGCGAUAUUCUACUGGUGGAACGAGGCUUUGUUUGGUUUACGGAUGGCAAGCUGUCGAAAGCUUUACUCGCGGUGAAUAGCGACGAGAUACGCAAGCAGCUAGCGGAUCCCGACGGCGACUUUGUGCCUAAUCUCAUCAGCGAGGAGCCCGUGCCUAAGAUAGAAGCGCCACUGCCCCGCAAGAAGCUGGAAGAAAUUUACAGAGCCUACGUCGACAGCUUUAACGCCCGCCGAACCCAGUCGGAGUAUGCCAAGUAUGUCCACCGGCCAGAAGCGGCACUCAACAACAAGACCUUGGCUCGCCGCAUCAUGGACGACACGGUGACGGCCAUCCCAGACCUUCAAGUACAGAUUCACACCCUGAUAGCUGACGAGGAAUCGCAGCGCGUAGCAGUGUGGCUGAAGUUUACUGGAACACCAGUCAAGGAAUACGCCGGGUUAGUAGUCGAUGGCCAUGCAGUCCAAUUCACCGAGCAUGCGACCUAUCAGUUUGUGGACGGCAAGAUUCAGCGAAUUUGGGGAUUUAUGGACUGGGAUGAGGCAAGACAGCAGCAAAGACCCGCGGGGCCAAGACCUAUACCGGUGCUUUAGGAGUUGACGUUAAGGCUUGACAUAACAUAUACAUGUUUAUGUUGAUAUUUCGGGUUUCUAUCUCGAACAAAAAUCGCUCUAGGCUCUAGGAUAUCAACAGUACUGGACUAGAAGACGCCUACAUUUAGAUAUUCUU